UUUCUUUUUAAUCAGUGGUUUUAUUUUUAUUUCAUUUUUUUCUCAAUUACAUGAAAAAUGAACAUUAAUUUUUAAAAAGUUAAUUUUCAAAUUUUCUUCCUUCUCCCCUCUCCCUUCCUUGAGAAGGCAAACAAUUUAAUAUUGAUUAUAAAAAGUUCAGUCAUGUGAAACACCUCCAUAUUAGCCAAUGUUACAAAAAAGCACAGAUGCUCCCUCAAAUAAACUAACAAGGAAAAUAAAGUUUGAAAUUAUGCUUUAUAAAUAAUUAUACUUUAAUCUGUAUUCAGAUUCCACGACUUCUUCCUCUGGAGGGGAUAGCAUUUUCAUCAUAAGUCCCUCACAGUUAUGUUAGAUCAUGAGAUCACUAGAAUAGUUGUCAUUCACUGGUGAUCAUUAUACAAUAUUAUUGUUAUGGUGUAAAAUGUUCUCCUGGAUCUGUUCCCUUUACUUUGCAUCAGUUCAUUUAAUUCUCUCUAUGUUUUUCUAAAAGUAUCUCACUUGUCAUUUCUUAUAGAAAGAUGGUAUUCAAUCUCAGUCAUAUACCAAAACAUGUUCAGUCAUUCCUCAAUUGAUGAACAUUUCCUCAAUUUAGAAUUCUUUGCCACCACAAAAAAAAAGCUGCCAUAAAUAUUUUUCUUUGCAUAGGUCCUUUUCCUUUCUCUCAAAAAAUUUCUUUGGGAUAUAGUUCUAAUAGGUAGUAUUGAGACAAAGAUAUACAUAGUUUUAUGGUCCUUUGGGAUUAGUUCCAAAUUGUUCUCCAAAAUGGUUGCAUCAGUUCAAAACUCCACCAACAGUGCAUAUGUCCCAAUUUUUUCACAUCUCCUCCAGCACAUAUCAUUUUCCUUUUCUGUCACAUUAGCCAAUGUGAUAAGUAUGAGGUGGUAUCUCAGAAUUGAUUUAAUUUGCAUUUCUCUAAUCAAUAGUGAUUUAGAGGGGCAGCUUCAUGGUUCAGUGGGUAGAGAGUCAGACCUAGAGAUGGGAGGUCCUGGGUUCAAACUUCCUAGAUAUGUGACCCUGAGCAAAUCACUUAACCCCAAUUGCCUAUAUCUUAUUGCUCUUUUGCCUUGGAACCAACACUUAGUAUUGAUUCUAAAAUGGAAGGUAAGGGUUUAAAAGAUAGUGACUGAGCAUUUUUAUAUGAUUAUAGAUAGCUUUGAUUUCUUCUUCUGAAAACUGCCUGUUCAUAUCCUUGGAUCAUUUAUCAAUUGGGGAAAGAUGCAUAUUCUUAUAAAUUUGACACAAUUUUCUAUAUAUUUGAAAAGUGUGUCUUUAUCAGAGAAAUGUUCCGUAUUCUAGCCAUUGCACUACCAGCUGCCUCUAUAUGCCAGGUACUUUGUAAGUCUAUUCCUUCUUCUAUAUGAUAGCCCUUCAAAAAUCUGAAGAUAUCUAUCAUGCCCCUACUAGGCUUUGCUUUUCUAGCAUAAACAAUGUGAAGUCCUUCAACUUACUCUGACAAGGCAUGUUCGCUAGUCUUCUCACUAUCUUUAGUCUUCCUCUCUGUGAUGCUCUCCUAUUUGACUAUGCCUUUCCUAAAGAAAGUGAGAAACAGAAAUAAAAAGAAAUGUGGCCUAAAAGGAUGAAAUAUAUGUACCCCUCUCCUAAGAUUCUAUUAAAAAGUAAUGCCAAAGUAAAUCUCCUCUUCUUUCCCUUUCUCCCUAUCAAAAUAACAAUAGCAAAUAAAAAUGAAGCUCCCAUGUACCCAAGUACCUGCAUCAUUUCCUCAUAACUUUUUUAUUAUUUCAGGCCUCAAAAUGAUGAUUUACCUGCUGCUAUGUGGCUAACAGUCUUCUAGUCAUCUAAAAUAAUGAUAGUAAGACCACAUUAAUAUGGUCCCACAACAACUCUGUAAGGUAUAUGGUAUUAUUAGCCUCUCAGGAAACAGAUUCAGAGAUUAAAACAUUUUGCAAAGAACACACAGGUUGUUGGUGGCCAAACUAGGAUUUGAAUACAGUUCUGCUGACUUCAAGUCCAAAUUUCUUUGCUUCUACCCCAACACCUAGCUUAUCAUCAGGAAGAAUCUUCUAUCCUGAAAGCAGAGGGAGAGUUCCAAUUAUUGUUAUAUAGAUAUCACACUUAGAUAUCACUAAAAACCUGAAAUGAUGAACUAUUAAAAAUCUAAAGAUUAGAUGAUAAGGUGACAAAGGUAGCCUUCAUGAUCCCUCUUCUCAGCCACCUCACAACUUGGAUUACGGGAGAUCUAAGAGCUCUGAUGAUUCUUGCCUUCCCCCCAACCUCCCCCUAUUCAUAAUACCUUGGCCAUUAUACCAAGUCUAUUUGGUGAUAGAAGACCUCUGAGUAAAACAGAUUCUCAUAAAACAGUCUUGGAUAAUUAGCAGCCAGGUUAAUAGGUUUAGCACAAAGUCCAAGUAGACACUACCACAGCUUCUGCAGAUCAGGAGGGAGGAUUUAGGUCAAUGAUGAGAGCUUACAUCAUGGAGGCCCUCAGUGCUGAGCAGCUUUGCAUCACUGAUGUGCCAAGUAAACUCUGCCUGUGCUGUGCUCCCUAGAUACCAAGGAUGCUAGACCCUGUGAUGGGCAGUGCAGGUCCUUUCAGCAACACUUUAGGGGGAAAAUAAUAAUACAAGUACAAAGAUAAACAGCAACUACAGAAAAGGGGAAAUGAUCAAGGCAAAUCCAUUUCGCCCCCUGGGCUUUGUGAUUUUGAAAGACAAAGUGUUUAAGAAUGAAAUCAACUGUGAAAAAGUUUGCAACUCUGAAAAACCUGGGAACCCUCAGUACAGAUAUAUCAGGUGCCUAGGUUUUCCCUAAUUUGAGCCCAUUUGCAAAGCUGACAUUAUUCUAAUAUACCUAAAAUCAGUCUUGUCUAGUGGAAGAUGGCUUGGAUAGGCAUCAGGAGACUUGGCUUCUUCUAACCCCAGUUCUGACCCUUAAUAGCUAUGUGACUUUGGGAUAUUUGAUUCAUCUCUCUGUAUCCUGGUUUUCUUAUUGGUAAAAUGAGAGUGGAAUUAAAUGGUCCUCGGUCCUGAAAAUUCUGUCGUCCAUGUCAAUACUAAGGAAAGCAAGGGGACAUUAAGAGAUUAGGAGUUCCCCCAUUGCUCCCAAGGAAUAAAAAUCAAGAACACUUUACCAACUUCUCCUAAGGUUUUAUGUAUCAUACCUAACACCUAUGUUUUGAAUGCUAUUUUUAACUUUGGUUUUUGGAGGCAGGGCCCCUAAUGGAGGGUUUGUACUGUGGGAGGGUGUGCCCUAUGGAUGUUGGGAUCUGAUGGUAUUAAUCACCCAUCCUGAACCUUUUAGUCCCAAGCUCUUUAGAAUAUGUGAUGGAUAUAAUCUGAACAAUUGAAAAAUACCAUGUGCAUGUUUCAAAAUUUUCUAGUUAAGGAGCACAGAUUACUGAUUAAGACAUUCUCGAGUAUCCACACAAAUCUAAAGAUAUUUCUUAGGGAUACUUUGCAUUUGGAUUGUAACUUUCCUAUUUAGGGAACAGCUCUGCAAGGGUUAACCUCUGCUAUAGUCUCAGCCUUUGCAGCUAUGCUGGGUGCUGGCACUGCAGGGGUUAAAGUGGGAGCUCUCUGCUGCUCACCGUCCUUCCUGGAGAUUAAUGUGCUAAGUCUCAGCUGUUCAGUGUGUCUGUAUCGGAGGGAAAGUGUUGGUCAGUGAUGGAGUUGCUGUCAUGACAACCCUGGAAGUCUGUGCGUGUGCAAGUCGGAGAUGUUCCUGGGAGGAAGGAGGUGCUGAAACUGGGGAAGCAGCUGAGUUUGGUGUGGCUCUGGCGAGGCUCUCCGGUCGGCCGGUUUCAUCUUCUGCAUCUUGCCCUGCCUAAACCCAGAGAGGGAGAGAGAAGGGGCGCCGCGGCUUCGUGUGGCCCCUGCGGUCUCCCCUUCUUUCAACCUUCUCUGCUGGAGCCGCAUCUCUCUUGGAGGGUUUGGAUGUAACGGGGCGACUGGAGUGUGUGCAUUUUGGAUUCAAGGAAGUUGAACAGAGGGAGCUGCAGCAGGAUUCCUGGGGUUUGGACGUGCCGUGCCGAAGCUGCGUGAAUGGUGUAUCGCCCUCCGUCUCAUGUUCCCCUGCAGUAGCAGGGGGCUUUUUAUACAUAUCUCUACUUUGUAUCUGUACUAUUGUUACAGCUUUCCCCUUCCUCUCUUGGUGGUGACCUUUUCUCCCAAACUUGAUAGAAAGUGUCGGGAUCGUUCUUUUUGUCCCUAUACCAUCUGAGGAAUUACCGACUUGCUCGUGGGUGUUUGAAUGAAAUCGUUUCCCCCAUCCCCAGUACCAAAGUGCUUAGUUCUUACCAAAGUGCCAUGUCUGAACUGUUAAUUGGAAGAAUCCUCUCCUGAAAACGUGUCCACACCUUUGCACCUGCCUUCAUCCUUUCUUUUUCUGCCGGCUCCUCCCUUGCUGGAGGAACACCAAGGGAGCCCUCUUCAGAUGUUGUCGUCCGGGAAUUCGGUUCUCUGAUGCUGGAAAGCUGAGACUGGAUUUGGGGGAGGAUUAUUAGACUUGCCGGAGCUCCCCUCCCCGCCCCAAACACACAGAGUGCUCCUGGUUCGCUCUGUCCCCUUCCUCUCCCCCCGCCCCGCUUCCUGUGACUGGCUGGGGGGGGCGCCUGCGGUGCCGCUGCUCCAGUUCAGGGAAGUUGUGGCUGUCGAGAAUGGGGGUCGGUGGGUACUUGCUGCUGCCCUGGAGGUUCCUUGUGGUCCUGUCUCUCAGGCUGCUGUUCCUUCUGCCCACAGGAGUGCCAGUGCGCAGCGGAGAUGCCACCUUCCCCAAAGCUAUGGACAACGUGACGGUCAGGCAAGGGGAGAGCGCCACUCUCAGGUGCACUGUGGACAACCGAGUCACUCGGGUGGCCUGGCUGAACCGCAGCACCAUCCUCUACGCUGGGAAUGACAAGUGGUGCCUAGAUCCCCGGGUCGUCCUCUUGACCAACACCAAAACUCAGUACAGCAUUGAGAUCCAGAAUGUGGACGUGUAUGACGAAGGCCCGUACACCUGCUCUGUGCAGACAGACAACCACCCAAAGACAUCACGAGUCCACCUCAUCGUGCAAGUAUCUCCAAAAAUCAUAGAGAUUUCUUCAGAUAUAUCCAUCAACGAAGGCAGCAAUAUCAGCCUCACCUGCAUAGCAACAGGUAGACCAGAACCUACAGUUACUUGGAGACACAUCUCUCCCACCGCUGUUGGCUUCAUGAGUGAAGAUGAAUACUUGGAAAUUCAGGGCAUCACUCGGGCACAGUCUGGAGACUAUGAGUGCAGUGCUUCCAAUGAUGUAGCGGCUCCAGUGGUGAGGAGAGUCAAAGUCACCGUGAACUACCCGCCAUACAUUUCAGAGGCUAAGAGCACAGGAGUUGCUGUGGGACAGAAGGGAACGCUACAGUGUGAAGCAUCUGCUGUCCCUUCAGCAGAAUUCCAGUGGUACAAGGAUGACAAAAGGCUGGUUGGAGGACAGAAGAGAGUGAAAGUUGAAAACAGACCAUUCCUCUCAAAGCUCAUCUUCUUCAAUGUCUCUGAACAUGACUAUGGGAACUACACUUGUGUGGCCUCCAACAACCUAGGCCACACCAAUGCCAGCAUCACACUGUUUGAAAUAAAUGAGCCCACAAGCUCAGCUUUGUUCCAAGGGCCAGGAACACAAUGUAUAUGGAAGAGUCAAAAGAUUCCAAGAGCUCUUGACUUCAGACAAACACAAUAGCCUCGAUGGUUUUUUCACACCCAGGCUCUCCAAGGAAGUGGAAGAUCAUUACUCAAUUGAAUUAUUUUAAAAAUUACCUCCAAAUUAAUUAAGUACACAUAUUGUGGUUUGUCUUUAGUCCCCUCCUCUCAAGAUGUCAACUGAGAGGUGAGGUUCCCCUCCUCCUGAGGUUUUACGGGGUAUAUUAACUCAUUUUCUCAUCUCUUUUCCCCUCCUUUUCUUUUUAACUUCCCUUGCAUGAGUCUUGCAUUACUCCCUCCCCCUCUGUCUUGUAAGGAAGUCCUGCUUGAACUCUUGCUUGGCCCCAGUAAUCCAUGAUGGUAGAUGACCAUUAACCACAACUACAUACUGAAUCUACAAUUAAUACAGAGGGGAAUAUGCUGUGAUGAGAAGAGUGUGAAGAGUGUGUGUUUAUGUGCAUGUAUGUUAAAUUCUCUGUUCAAUGGGAUGGCAAUGAUGCCAAAGGCCAUAAAAAAAAGAUUGAUUAUAAGGGAACAAAGUAGAAAGAAUCAUGGUCUUCUUUCCAUUCUGCCCAUUCACUAACUCUUUUGUCUUGGUGGGAAAACAAAAUAAACCAAAAUUAGAAAAGAAAUAAAACAGCAUCUGAGAAACUUACAAGAUAGAGCAAUCAAGGAGAAGGAAUACAGGAAUCACAGGGAAAAAAAUAAAGGAAAAGAUGUGACAAAAGCAAGAUUGAUAUAAUGUAUAGAAUCA